AUGACCUCGGAGGGACUACCCUUCCUGAUCCAGAAGUGCAAUGCCGCAGCAACAAGAGCAUCCCAAGGAACACAACAGCGCCCUAUCGUUGAUGAUAACGCUCCAUUUUUUGAUGACUUCCCAGGUUACCGGUCCACAGAUGACAUUUCAAAGGAUGUACCACCACGGAACCCAGAUGACACCUCGACAACGGCAGCAGAGGCACUGGUGCAAUUCACCGGCGUCUUACAAUCAAUGAAGCAGCAUGACGCCACAUCACUGCUACUGCCUGGUCGGGUCGACGUCACCACCAGAAGAAGCACCGUAAUCACGUCAUUGCCAGCCAUAACAACAGCAAAACCACCUGUUCAUGAUAACCAUGCACAUUUUUCUAUACACCUAUAUAUCCAUCAACGCUAUCGCACCAGGCUUUUUUCCGAACUACAACGGUUUCCACUGAGACUUCAGGACCUGAUUGCAAGAGACACCCAGCAUCCGUACUCUAUAGAACCAUGA